ACUUUUUGGAAAACAACCACUUUUUUGGCAUGUCACAGGCUGUUAUUUUCAUGCUGUCAGUCAGCUGCUUCAUGCAGACACUGCAGUGGUCAGCCGGUGGUGAGUAGCUCAGACAGUGAGCAUGUGCGUUUUGAGGGUUAGCCUCAUUAGCUGCUGCCUCUCAGUUAGCAGUUUGUUUGUACAGAGGAAACAAAUUUAUGUCAGCUUUUGUCUCACUCUGCAUGUAUGCAAGUAUGCCAGAUGGGGCCACUAAAACAUCUUUUUGUUACGCUGUGUAUGAUUUAGGCCUACACUAAAUCACUCAUAGCAAGAAUCAGGGCCAGUUAGAGCUUGCCUUUUUGUGUAUUAAAAUCUAAAAUAAUGUGGUUGUGUGCAGUUUAACUUUUUUUUUAACAUUUAAUUUUGCUGCUGCAUUCUCACACACUGUGGUUUUCAUUGUCCUUUCUUAAUCCGAUAAAAAGUAAAAGUAGUGCCUCUAGUUUCCAUGUUAGUAAAUGUUUUUCUGUAUAUUGCACCAUUAUGUUUUACUCUGCAGGGACAACAGAGCCACAGGAUGGUGAUCUUUGCUGCCAUCCUCAUCCUGAUGACGCUCUUCAUCCUGUACAGCUCCAACAAUAACAGCAGCAUUGAUGCUGUCUAUGCUUCUUUCCAUGUGGCUACCAAUCAUGCCACCAAGACUACAGACCUGAGGAAAUGGACAGGAAAAGACGGCUAUGUGCCAGUUUAUGGGAACAAAAGUAUGACCAUGCACUGUCAUGAGUGUGCACUGGUGACGAGCUCCAGCCACGUCUUGGGUAGUCGAGCGGGAGACGAGAUUGACCGCACCGAAUGCGUGAUCCGCAUGAAUGACGCCCCUACGACGGGGUAUGAAUCUGACGUCGGGAACCGGACCACUCUGAGAGUCGUAGCCCACUCCAGUGUGUUCAGGGUGGUCCGGAGGCCGAAUGAAUUCCUGCGACAUACAGACAGCCACCCAGUGAUCAUUUUCUGGGGACCCCCAAAUAAGAUUGGGAAAGAUGCCAAAGGAACCCUUUACAGAUUGAUCCAGAGAGUCAGCAUGACCUACAGAGACUUCUCUUGUUUCACUGUCACACCGAGCAAAAUGCGCAGAUUUGACAGCCUGUUCCAAAGAGAGACAGGACGUGACCGACAAAAGUCUCACUCGUGGUUGAGCACAGGUUGGUUCACAAUGGUCAUAGCCAUUGAGAUAUGUGAUAACAUCAAAGUAUAUGGGAUGGUUCCACCCAAUCACUGUGGAAGAAAAUCUGGAUCCAAGAAGAUGCCAUACCACUACUACAAGCCCAGGGGCGGUGAUGAAUGUGUAACGUACAUCCAGCACGAGAGCAGCCGAAGAGGAAACCACCAUCGCUUUAUUACAGAGAAACAGGUGUUUGCACGCUGGGGAAAGCAGUACAACAUCAGCUUCACUCAUCCCAAAUGGUAAAAAGGACUUUUCUGAAGACUUUUCUCUGGAGUUACAGGAGCACGAAUGAGCUUUAUCGGUUGGAUUUUAUUUGAACUUUCCCCAGAUGAGGCCUCUUUAAAAAAAAACAAAAAACACACUAAGUAUGAAUGACGGUCUAAUAAUGAACCACAUCUCGGAAUAGAUGCAUGGGAUUUUUUUUUUUUUACAAAAGUUCAGUUUCAAGCCUUUUCCUGAAACCUGGUGUAUAUUCCACACUGACUUGUGUUUUUUGUAAAUAGAAAAUGAAUUUAAAAA